GCUUCCUCCACCGUCUCCUUCGCUGGCUCCUCUUUGCCAUGCUUGCGACCUUCCUAGGCGGCGUCCUGCUUAUGGGGCGCGCCGCACGAGACCACUUGUCCCUCCUAACAUCGUCAUUCACAGCAGAGGUGUUUGCGACGCAGGAGACGUUUUCGGGGAAUGUGUCGACAUGUCCAGGCUAUACACUUUCCUCUCUGCACGAGACAAAAGCCGGUCUCACAGCGGCGCUCAGUCUGGCCGGGCCUGCAUGCAACGCGUUUGGUCAUGACAUCGCCAACCUCACCUUGGAAGUCACUUACGACACUCAGACUCGACUGCACGUGAACAUCUACGACACCGCAAAAGCGCAAUUUACCAUCCCCACAUCGGCCGUUGAACUUGCUUCGGGCUCUGACGAUCCUUCUCUGAAGCACUCCUCGGACCUGGUCUUCAACUACGAGUCUUCUCCCUUCGCCUUUUGGAUCACCCGCCGCUCAGAGCCCGACGCGCAGCCUCUCUUCGAUACGCGCAUAUCUUCUCUCCCUCCCACCCCCAUUCCGCCCAACAAUGCUUCUGAUAGUAGCACUGGAUUCGAUGGUUUCCCGCUUGUUUUCGAGGACCAGUACCUGCAGCUGACGUCGGCUCUGCCUCUGGACGCGAAUGUGUACGGCCUUGGCGAGGUCGUCGCUGCAAGCGGCUUCCGACGCGACGUCGGCACGGACGGGAGCCCGGGUACUAUACAAACCAUGUGGGCUCGUGACGCCGCUGACCCCGUGGACGAGAACAUCUAUGGCUCGCAUCCUAUCUACCUCGAGCAUCGUUUCAACCAGACGACCAAGAAGUCCCAGUCACACGGCGUCUUCCUCUUCAAUGCGGCCGGCUCAGACACGCUCCUCCAGACCCCGCCCGCCUCCCCCGUCUCGCUCAUCCAGUACCGCGUCGUCGGCGGCGUGCUCGACCUCUACUUCCUCUCCGGCCCGGGCCCGCAGGCGGUCGUCGAGCAGUACGGCGCGCUCGUCGGGCUGCCGACGUGGCAGCCGCUGUGGGGCUUCGGCUUCCACCUGUGCCGGUGGGGCUACACGACGGUGAACGAGACGCGGGAGCAGGUGCGGCAGAUGCGCGCGGCGGGCGUCCCGCUCGAGACGAUGUGGAACGACAUCGACCUGUACCACGCGUUCCGCGACUUCACGACGGACCCGGUGAGCUUCCCGAUUGACGAGGUCAGGGCGUUCAUCGAGGAGCUGGGCGCGAACAACCAGCACUACAUCCCGAUCGUCGAUGCUGCUAUUGCGCACGCAGUGAACGACACCGACAUCUACGAUACUUUCACCCGGGGUACUGAGAAGGAUAUCUGGAUCAAGAACCCCGACGGGUCGACGUAUAUCGGCCAGGUCUGGCCUGGGUACACCGUCUUCCCAGACUGGUUCGCAGAAAACACGGAAGCCGUGUGGACCGAGGCGUUCAAGAACUGGUCAGACUCCGGCGUCGCGUUCUCCGGUAUCUGGCUCGACAUGAACGAGGUCUCGUCGUUCUGCACUGGCUCUUGUGGAACGGGUGUAGACCUGUCUAUUCCCCCAACACCGGUCCUUCUGCCGGGAACGCCUGGCGACCUCGUCACCGAUUUCCCCGAAGGGUACAACGCAACGGUCUGGGGACCCAGCGGAAACAUGACCAUUAACGGUACGUCGACGUUCGGCAACAAUGGUAACACGGAGAACACCAUCGUCAAGCGCGGUCUUGGUGCUGGCCAGGAGAAGCAAGUAAAUUUCAACCAUCCGCCGUACGCUAUCCACAACGGUUUCGGCCUGAACGACCUUGACGAGAAGACGAUCGCAACGAACGCAACGCACGCAAACGGGCUCGUCGAGAUCGACACGCACAACCUCUGGGGUCUCAUGGAGGAGAAAGCGACACACCUCGCGCUGCUCAGCAUCCACCCAGGCAAGCGCCCGUUCAUGAUCUCGCGCUCGACGUUCGCGUCCGCGGGCAAGUGGACGGGCCACUGGCUGGGCGACAACUACUCGAAGUGGGCGUACCUGCGCUACAACAUCCAGGGCGUGCUCCAGUUCCAGCUCUUCCAGAUCCCGAUGGUCGGCGCGGACACGUGCGGGUUCAACGACAACACGGACGAGGAGCUGUGCAAUCGGUGGAUGCAGCUGAGCGCGUUCGUGCCGUUCUACAGGAACCACAACGAGCUGGGCGCGAUCUCGCAGGAGCCGUAUAGGUGGGACAGCGUUGCGGAGGCUUCGAAGACGGCUAUUGCUGUGAGGUACAGCAUGCUGCCCUACUGGUACGCCCUCUUCGCGAACGCCUCCCUGCGGGGGACGCCCCCCGUCCGCGCCCUGUUCUUCGAGUUCCCAGACGAGCCCGAGCUCUUCGGCAUCGACACGCAGUUCCUCAUUGGCCGCGACAUCCUCGUCACGCCCGUCCUCACGCCCAACGUCUCCUCCGUCGCCGGCGUCUUCCCUGGGCGCGGCAACACCGUCUGGCGGGACUGGUACACGCACGAGGCAGUGGACGUGCCGGCGACCCCAGGGGAGAACGUGACGCUCGACGCGCCGCUCGGGCACAUCAACGUGCACGUCAGGGACGGCGCUGCAAUUCUGCUCUAUGCGCAGCCGGGCUACACCGUCACGGAGACUGCGGCGGGGCCGUACUCGCUGCUCGUCACCCUCGACAAGGGCGGGCACGCGUUCGGCACGGCGUACGUGGAUGACGGGGAGAGCGUGCCCCCGACGCCGAACACGACGCUCACGUUCAGGGCUGGUGAGGGGCGGCUUGCGAUCCAUUCGUCUGGGAACUUCCAUGUGGGGCAGACUAUCGAUACUGUGACGAUUCUGGGUGUGGGGAGCAGCAAGCCGGGGGCGGUGAAGGCGAACUAUAAGAGCUUGCAGGUGGCGGAUUGGGAGUUCGACGAAGGGCUGGGGAGAUUGGUGCUGAAAAACUUGGGAUUGGACCUGAACGGGGAUACGACGGUGACUUGGGCGUGAGCAUGUAGAGUAGAGGUGGAUACGGAUUCGUGUGCCUUUUUCCAAAGGUCGGGAAAGUGGUUGAGUUGCACCAGCUUGCCUUGUUUGUCUACAAUGGUUUCAGAUGACGACCGACAUCCGCCCUCGACCUCCAGGUGGUCAG